AUGUCCUCCUCCGGGGCCCCGUACUGUAUCAUCUGCGGCGCACUAAUCCAUAACCGCGCCCGCCGCAUUGAGUGGCCCGGCCAAUAUAGAGCCGUUCGAGCUACGUCGAUGAAUGAGGAGCCAUUCUUGACAGGCGUAGCGAGGUUUGUUCAUGGGGAAAGGCUGCUACGUGCGCCGUCAAACCCCUACGAACGAUAUGAAAACGACAAAUAUGUCAAUGACACGAAAUCCGAUGAGUUUCCAUCGCAGGGAAGGACGUCUGAGGAUCAUCCAUUACCUGGCUUCGUAUUCCAUGAUACCUGCUGGGGGAUCCUGAAGGCUCUCGUUCAUCCCCAUGAGAUAUCUAUACCUCGGCUCUAUGAUAUAUGUCUCUCAUUUCCUUCACAAGAGUAUGGUCUUCUGACCUGGGGCCAUGGUUACGAUAACAAUGGCUUUGACUCGGUGAUAGUAAGCCAUCACCGGUUAACGUCUACGCAAUCUUUCUUUCUUCGAGAUCCGCUUGAUAUCCCCGAAUUACAAGCUGCACUUGACGAAGCGGAAAAGGAGAGAUACAAUGAAAACACGGCUAUACCAAAUACCAUUGCUGAGAAGCCUGACUGUGACAACUUUUACUCGCUACCUUUUGAGAUAAGGGAUGAUAUCCAAUGCAUGCUCAGCCUGCAUGAUGUGGCCAACUUACGACUGGCCUCAAGGUCUUUUGGUAGCAUGCCAUUAUCACAGCAUUUCUGGCGAUCUCGAUUCCUACCAUCCUUUGAAAGGGGAUUUAUCUUUGAGGCUCUACGUCCUCAGCUGGAUAGCGCUACAUCCGGUGCGGCUGUUCAUUAUAAUUGGAAGGCUCUAUAUGAGAAAACGAACCCGAACCUAAAGAACUUUGAAGCUGUACGGAACCGAAAGAGAAUAUGGGAAUGCAGCGAGUCCCUUGCAGCGUUGCUUAUUUCACGGCCCAGGCUAGAAGACGGAGGUGCAGAUUCCAUGGAGGAACGUAAUCAUGUCCUCUGGCGGACGGCGGCGGCGCGGUUUCCCGGGUCUGCUCCGGUUCCUCCUCCUAGUGUUGUCAAGGAAUAUGCAAUUCGUGUUCCUGUACAAAUAUCGCAUGUUGGCGUAUCCCUCGUUUGUUUCAGCGGGAGUACAUAUGUCUCUGGCAUACGCAUCAAGACUCCCGACCAAAAAGAGGUCCGGCUGGGUUAUAUCCACCCCGAUAACGAAGUGAUUCUCAAUAUUGGCCGGGAAGAUGCAGAGUCGGAUCCCUAUCCUCUAACGGGGCUUGCCGUCUGUGCAGAUCCCGGUGGCAUUCGAGGCAUCCGAACAGCUACGGCAGAUGGCACUUUUUCCAACUGGGCAGGCGACCAUGAAGAUGUACCCAGAACCCUACGCCUGUGUCUAAACGAACGAGUAACACAUAUCAAAGCAAAAUUCGACGCAUUCAGACUGAUAUCUCUCUCGGUCCCUGAAGAAGAGAAAAUAAAUACCCAGAACCCACCUUGCUUAUCCCCGCGCAAAGCAACGCUCUGGUACCCCCAUAUACCAUCCGAACACCAACAUCUGCACGAACUCGACUUUGUAGAACACGACGAAUCCCAGCCAGCCCUACUAAACUAUCAACAACCUCAUAUACUGCUCAUGUUCGGUGGUGAGGGGGGAAGCUACCUGCCCUACCUUACCAAGAUAUCAGUUAGUACGUUGGGCGGUAUAUUGAUGUGGAUUGAUUUUCAUUACGAAAGUGAGGGAGCACCCGUUAGCAGCCUGUCUGUGUACCAGGAUAGGAAGAAGCAUGGCAACCAGUCUCAGAUACAGUUUAACAUUGACGGGCCGAAGGGUGAGAGGGUGACUGGGUUCCGAGUGAAGGACAAACAAUGGCGGACGCCAAAGAACGAACCUAUCAGUUUCAGUAUUGCGACGCUUGAGGUUACUACGAACCGUGGACGGUCUUUCACGUUUGACGCCAAUGUGCUUCCCAAGAUCAGGCUGCCUUUGGGACAUGCCCAGCAAAAGAAGAAGAAACUGGAUAUUCAGCCUGACUCAACUAUCACUGGCGUAUACGUCACUCAUGAUGCGCUAUAUGGAUUAACGGGACUCGGUAUUGUUUCUGAGAAGGUACAGGUGUAG